AAGUGCACUAUAACACAACUCUACAUCCUACUCUAAUAUAAACACAUAGCACUACCACCCAACUUCGUAAAACAAUACGAAAGCAAAAGGACCCAGCCAGCCAGCCAGUUAACUAGAUAACCAGAUAACCAGCGGUAUCCGGAACAGCGCGGAAGAAGAAGUCCAGCGUACUACUUACUAUAGUACUAAUUAACAUUCUAACUAACACACAUACACAAUCUCCAUCUAGCCCAUCUAGCCCAUCUAGUGAGUUAUCUAUCAGGAUAUAUAUGUACAAAGGUGCAUGUAGAGUAUAUGUGUAUGCAUGUAUGCAAGUAUGCAAGUAUGUAUGUAUGUCGGUCAUACGACGACACCAAGCAAAUUACGCGCAUUAGAGCGAACCAGGGUAAUUAACAGGGCUUGGAAGAAAGGUCCAAUGUUGUUGUCCGCGUCGUAUCAGCCGUAUUCAGACGAGGUCACACCGUGUUUACCCUAUUUGGCCGCAUGCAAGAAUGGGGAACGAGUCUUGAUGUUGUUUCAUCAGACAGACAAACUUAGUUGGUGUUUUUGUAUUUGCCAUAGCUACCGGGGGGCGCAUAUGCUACUCCUACUCCUACACCACCACCACCACCACCACCACCACCACCCAGGAGGCGCGAUGCUGCAGCCAAUUUCCCUUCUCCCCUCAAUCAACCCGGUCUGCUCGCAUGCAUCAAUUUCAUGUAUGCACACGGCGACUCCGGGGUAUCGGUAUCUAUACAACAUGAUGAAAGCUCUCAAGUGAGAGAACGAUGGAUAGAGAUAGUAGACAUGCCGUGAAUAACAAAAGAAAAAAAAGCGGUGAGAAAGAAAAAAAAGGUGAAAUAUCGCAGAAUUAUGUAUGCCAAUGCCGCAAAAAUGCACGCGUGAGAU